CAAACAGCAAUGCAUUUUAUUGAGUGCCAACAACCCAGUUUUUGCGAUAGAGGGGACAGAUACAAAGGAAACAAAGUAAAGAGAGAGAGAAAGAGGGGAGUGGGGCAUAGCUACCAACAAAUGGGAUGAUGUCCCCGUGGUCUUCAGCCAAUAGACGUGUCUUCCAUCCAUAGGGAGAUCUCAAAAGUCUUCUUCAGAAAGUCAUCUUUUAUAGUCCUUUUCCAAAGCCUUGGCCUCAGGCCAAGAGGUGGGGAGAUUUAUGGACUAGUGCGUGCGGAGGCCUGUUGCACCAAGAAACAGGUGCAGGAACAGGACACUAUAGCCAGUACUGCUCGAGAGCAGCGUACCAUGGCAAGCAGCAAGCACACCUGUUUGCAAACAGUCCCUUGGCAAGCAUCCACCUCGGCCAGGCCAGAACUCCUGUCCAAAGAGAGCGGUGGGGUCCCUGGGUCUCAAUCUCUGAUCUUGGAUGGUCAUGAGGCAGAUCAGGGAAACUUCAGACCGACCCUUACAGUGUACAUCAGUUUAAUUCAUGUGUGUUCCACUGACUACUUUGUGUGAAACCCUUCUGGUCAGGACCACUGUGAGAUCAACAGGUUUCAUUGCACUGAUGAUAUGGUCUCUUCCUCUACUGCAAGGAAGGGAACAGCUUCCCAUCUCAUAUAUUGGCCAUGCUCAAACCACAAGUCCCAGAACAAUGAACAAGGUUGUACAGAAUCACAGAAACAUUCAGGGCUGAAAAGACCUUUGAGAUCAUCUAGUUCAACCUUUGACUGAUCACCACCUUGUCAACUAGACCAUGGCACCAAGUGCCACAACCAGUAGCUUCUUGUAUACCAUGAGGGAUGUUGACUCCACCAGCUCCCUCGGCAGUUCAUUCCAAUACUUACCCAUCCUUUCUAUUUGCACUGACAGACAAAGCAAGAGCUCUGCUUGACAAGUGUCUCCAAACCUCAAGAGACCCCAAAGCUUGGGAGUUGCUGCCAAGUUUUAGCCACUGCACAAACAAGGACCUGCUUUGUAUUUUUGAGUAGUUACUGAGUAAAAUGUGUACCACGAUUGCAGAGACAUAUAUCACAAUGGAUACAACGACACCCUGGAAAGCAUCCUGUGAUUGGAGACAUAUAGUAGCAGUCACGCAGCCAGUGCAGUCCUGCUGUUAUAGGCACAGAGCUCAGUCUUGAUGGAUGCCACAGUGCUCACAGAGUGGGUUAGGUUGGAAGGGAACAUACUGGGUAAUCUGAUCCAACCUCCCUGCUCAGGCAUGGUCACCCUGAAGCACAUGGCACAGGAUUGCAAUUCAGAUGGUUCUUGAAUAUCUCCAGUGAGUGAGAUUUCCACAAUCUCUUCAGGCAAUCUGCUCCAGUGCUUGGUCACCCACAGAGUAAAGAAGUUUUUCCUCAUAUUCAGGUGGAAUUUCCUCUGCAUCAGUUUGUGCCCAUUGCCUUUCUCAUCCUAUUGCUUGGCUCCACCAAGAAGAACCUGUCUCCAUCUCCUUGGCAACCACCCUUUAGGCAUUUAUACACAUUAAUGAGGUCCAAGUGCAGUCAUCUCAUCUCAAGGCUGAAUAGGCUCAGCUUCUUCAGCCAGUCCUCCUAAGAGAGAUGCUCCAGUCCCUCAGUUAAACUUGUUGACCUCUGCUGGAUCUGCUCCAUGUCUCUCUCAUACUGAGGAGCCCAGAACUGGACAUGGCACUCCCAAUAUGGCCUCACCAGAACUGAGUAGAGGGGCAGGGUCACCUCCCUCGACCUGCUGGCAGUGUACUCCAGGAAAUCACUGGGCUUCUAGGCCGCAAUGGCCCUGCUGGCUCAGGCACAGCCUGUUGUGGCCCGGGACGCUGGGGUCGGACACACACCUUGCAGGCCGCGGCCUCGACGGUCCCGACCGCCGCAGCGCCUCAGCAGCUCCGCGGCCUCCCGCCACCAGGGGGCGCGCUCCUCCCCGGCGGCGUGCGCGGGCCUGCCCCGCUUCCCGCCCGGCCGCGGCGCGAGAGUGGCUACCUCCAUGGCCAGCGUGAUCCGGCGGCUGGAUGAAGCCGUGGUCAACCGCAUCGCCGCCGGCGAGGUCAUCCAGAGGCCGGCCAACGCCAUCAAGGAGAUGAUCGAGAACUGUUUGGAUGCUAAAUCUACGAGUAUCCAGGUAAUAGUUAAAGAAGGUGGUCUGAAGUUCAUCCAGGUUCAAGAUAAUGGCUGUGGUAUCAGAAAAGAAGAUCUGGACAUUGUAUGUGAGAGAUUUACUACGAGUAAACUGCAAAAAUUUGAAGACUUGGCUAGUAUUUCUACAUAUGGUUUUAGGGGCGAGGCCUUGGCUAGCAUCAGUCAUGUUGCCCAUGUUACAGUAACAACUAAAACAGCUGAUGCAAAGUGUGCAUUCAGAGCUACUUACAGUGAUGGAAAAAUCAAAGCCCCUCCAAAGCCCUGUGCUGGAAACCAAGGAACUCAGAUCAUAGUUGAAGAUCUCUUUUACAAUGUAAAUACAAGGAGGAAGGCUUUAAAGAAUCCAAACGAAGAAUAUGCAAAAAUACUAGAAGUUGUUAGCAGGUAUGCCAUCCAUAACUCAGGUGUCAGCUUUUCAGUUAAAAAGCAAGGUGACAGUGUGUCAGAUGUUAGAACCUUAUCCAGUGCCUCAACAGUGGACAACAUUAGGGCCAUCUUUGGAAAUGCUGUUAGCAGGGAACUCAUAGAAGUGGGCUGUGAAGAUGCAAAUCUGGCCUUUAAAAUGAAAGGUUAUAUCACGAAUGCAAACUACUCUGUGAAGAAAUGUGUAUUUUUACUCUUCAUAAACCAUCGGUUGGUGGAGUCAGCUGCUAUGCGCAAAGCCAUAGAAACUGUGUACGCUGCUUAUUUGCCAAAAAGCAUGCACCCAUUCCUAUACUUAAGCCUGGAAAUAGCCCCCCAGAAUGUAGAUGUGAAUGUGCAUCCUACAAAACAUGAGGUCCAUUUUCUUCAUGAAGACAGUAUUCUGGAACAUGUGCAACAGCAUGUAGAGAGCAAGUUAUUGGGCUCUAAUUCCUCAAGGAUGUACUUCACUCAGACAUUGCUUCCAGGGGUUGACUGCUCUUCCAGUGAGGUUGUAAAAUCAACAGUAAACUCUUCUAUGGUUAUCAAGGGAACCAGUGAUAAAGUUUACGCACAUCAGAUGGUCCGCACUGAUUCCCGAGAGCAGAAAUUGGAUGCUUUUCUUCAGCCAGUGAACAAUCCCCGAAGUGCAGGCCUCACUGAAGUGGUAACAGAGGUUAAUGCAAGAUCUCCAGAGAGUUCAGGCAGGCCCCAGGAUGCUGAAAUGGAAGAAGUCAGUGACCUGGUUGAAAUGGCUGAUGUUCAGGAGGAUACGGUGAAGCCUGGGGCGCCGAGUGAGAGUGGACACUUGUCUUUCAAGACUUUGCCUUCUCAGAAGAGACCAUGGGAAGACAUGGACAUAGAAUUGGAGAAAAAUUACACCAGAAAGGACAUGACUGCUGCCUGCACCCCUAGAAGAAGAAUUAUCAACUUGACCAGUGUGUUGACUCUCCAGGAGGAAAUUAGUAACAAGGCACAUGCAAAACUUCAGGAGAUGCUACACGAGCACUCAUUUGUUGGUUGUGUCAGUCCUCAGUGGGCUCUGGCCCAGUACCAGACAAAACUGUACCUUCUCAACACAACAAAACUCAGUCAAGAACUCUUCUACCAAAUACUUAUUUAUGACUUUGCAAACUUCGGAGUCUUAAGGUUGUCUGAGCCAGCUCCUUUAUAUGAACUUUCAAUCCUUGCUUUAGAGGAUCCUGAAAGUGGCUGGACAGAAGAAGAUGGCCCAAAAGAAGGGCUUGCUGAGUACAUUGUGGAGUUUUUGAAAAAGAAGACUGAAAUGUUGAAAGAUUAUUUCUCUCUUGAAAUUGAUGAGGAAGGAAAUCUUACUGGGUUACCGCUUCUGAUAGACAGCUAUGUCCCACCAUUGGAAGGACUGCCUAUGUUUAUCCUGCGCUUGGCCACAGAGGUAAACUGGGAUGUAGAAAAGGAGUGUUUUGAAAGCCUGAGUAAAGAAUUAGCCAUGUUCUACUCCAUCAGAAAGCAGUAUAUAUUAGAGGAAUCCAACCCAACAAACUCACAGAAUGAGGAUUCUGAGUUUGGUUCAACAACAUGGAAAUGGACUGUGGAACAUGUGCUUUACAAAGCUUUUAGGACUCAUCUUUUACCUCCUAAACACUUUGCAGAAGAUGGCAACGUUUUGCAACUUGCUAACCUGCCUGACCUAUAUAAAGUUUUUGAAAGAUGUUGAGCAAGUAGUAAUUAAAGACUGUUUUUUAAGAUAGACACUAUUCAUGUUACCUUCAGUUUUACUUAGUAGAAGAUGAAGUGAAAUCUUGAUGGAGGAAAGAAAGAGGGGAUUUAGUAUCCUACUAAACUGCUAACAUGACAGUAAAUUAUCUAUUUUCCUUCUGUUCAUCAAAGUAUUAAAAAAAAUCAUUUUUGCCGUGUCAAAGCCCAAUGAAAAUCCCUGAAAUAAAAUCUCCACUUACACUCUGA